GAGGUCCAGCUCUGGACCUAGCCCGUAGGACAUGCCCUCGGAUGCGAUAGACGCCUUGUCAAAAGGCAGGAAUAGAUGAGCUGUAAGGAUGCGAGCGUAUGGAAGGGCGUGGUGAGGACCAGCAGCUGGAGCAGAGACUCUUCGUCGCAGAGCAUCAACGACAUCAUCGCUACAACAACUCGCGACCACCAGGGAUCAGGCGGUACGGAGGAAGGAAGAGGGACAUCUAGGAGGACAGGGAGCACAUGAGCACACGCAGGUCCGCCGAAUGAGCCUGCUCGGCAACAACAUCGGCCAGCUUUGCAAAAACCUGGGCAUUUCGCUCAUCUAUGCUAUCCCGCUCUAUGCUGCGCGCUUCCUAAGCACCCUUGCCAGCCUGCAGUACCUGACCCUUCAGCUUCUGCAGCUUGGUAUACUCAGCCAUGGCGUCGCUCAUCAGCAGGUGCCUCUCUGGCGCACUGCGGCAACCAUGCUCUGGGCAUCUGUUGCUUGCUACCUCUCCUUCACCUUUACCGACGGUCUCCUUUUGCGCUGGCUCUUUCAUUAUGGUCCGCGAGCGACCAUCAUACGGCUUCUAUCUCUCAAUGCCUUUAACUACUACAUCUCGACUACGGCCUUGACUCUACCAAGCGGCAGGCCUUCAUCAGACUUGCCGGUGUGGAUUCUGCUCUCACUCGUUCUGACUGCAGCCUAUAUUGUACAAGACUGGCUGACCUCCAAUCUUGCCGCAACACAAAGCGACGGCAGAGCUCUCAACUUGAUUGAGAUUGCCGUAUUCUGUGUCGUGCCUGUUGGCAUGGCUUCCUUCAUCACCAUGUGCUUGAUGCUUAUAUACGGGAACGUUCUAUGAUUCGGACAUGCUAUGAGUUGAGGUGGCAACCGUGCUAUGGAUAUGUAGGUCCCUGGUUGACUUGCUGGCACAAGUCUGAUAGCGAUUGCUUCACCACCACCUCCUCAACCUGCAUUCAACUUGGCAU